UAGUGUAAUGGCGUCGUGUCAUUAUGCUGCACUGGUUGGUGGUCCUUGUGGCCCAAGCACAUAUAAUGCGUCCAUUGUCGAAUGUGUAACAAUCAAGGAUUGUAAUAAGGAUAUUUUAAGCCACUGUUCGCUGUAUAAGAUCAGUGACGAUGCUUCGCUCUCUGGACGUGAAUCACGGUUACUUCUCGCGCGUGCAGGUAAGACUGUUAUGUAAUCUACCAAAUGUUACUCCCUAGCCUUUUCACCUAACUCAUGAUUAUUUCAAGGUAUUUUCGAUGUCCAUGAGGUACACUUGAAUAUGACAGUAUGCCCGUUGCACCGCGACUUGUAUGGAGUUCGGUGGAGGAGCAGUAAAACCAGAUGUGCAAUUCCAACCACUCUUGCAGCUCACAAAUCUUCAUCUCCAAAAGCUCAAUGUGGUUUGACAACUAUAUUGUCACAUUUCGUUUUCAACGAGACCAAGACAAUUAUUCCAGUAGGAACAGCAAUAUGUAAAAACUGCAAAAAAUAUCUGUCUACGGUCGCAAACGAAUGGAUAUCAAACAUCAAUCCUGAGCAAACGGGGGAAGAAAGUCCAGAAAUCUCUGCCACCCAAGAUCAGGGUCCGUCAUCAKGCAUCAUUGCUGAAGAAACGGGAAGGGAAAGUCCAGGAAUAUCUUCCACUCAAGAUCAGAAUAUUUCAUCAGCCAUCAUUGAUGAAGAAGCGGUAGGAAAAAGUCCAGAAAUCUUUUUAUCUCAAGAUCAMGAUCCACCAUGCAUUAUAGUUGAAAAAGCGGAAAAAGAUAGUAACACACAAUCGUCGGAUGAACUUGCCGAAGAAAUGAAUAAAUUAAAAAUAGCCGAUAGCACGUGRAGUAUCUUCUCUCCAGAUACUGCAAGUACUGGAUCGUCUGGCGAUGUCCUAGAUGUCUCUACGUUAGUUGUGAGACAAAAAAAGCUGAAUGAAUACUUAGAGGUUUGCAACAUCACACCAUUAGKCAAAGCGAUGUUGGACUGGAACGAAAUAUCGGAGCGUACAAAACACCGAUAUGUGCAGAAAACARGUGAGAUUGUCACUGCAGUUAUCAAGGACAUUUCUCCAAAUAAUGCUUCCCAUCUUUGGAAAGGACUACAGACAUCAAGUACAGUGAAUGAAGCGUUUGGUUACAGUCAUCAGCCCGCUGAGCAAGCCUAUUUAGAAGCCUUGGCAGAAGCAUACAAAACUGCAGAAAGCUGGGAUACCAGGCGCCAAGUGCUAUCAACUAUGUCUGAUGUAGCCAGCUACCGUGUUAWCUCGGAGUACAUUCCUGGACUCACACAGUACCGUUUUACUAUGGCUAACCUUCAUCGGCUUCAACACGGAAGAAGUGCUCCAGUUCCAGUGGAGACCGCACCUCGCCUCCGUAUAAGUCACAAGCAACUUGACCAUUUCUUAAGCUUUAUAACAAGCCCUCACCUUGUGCAGGAUUUGCCUUUUGGCGAAAAAGAUUUAAAGUUGUCAUCCGGCAAAAUAAUUAAAGUACCAAAUAUCAUCCGCACCAUGAUACCUCAGAGGAUAGUAAAACAAUACACUCAAUACUGCGAAGAAAAUGGCUUCAAACCUUUCAGCAAUAGCACUAUGUUAAGAGUGCUUAACGAGUGUAGCGCAACCGUUCGUAAAUCUCUGCAAGGCCUCGACAACUUUGCUGCCCAAGGAGCAAGGUCCUUUGACGACUUAGCCAACGUUGUUCAGACUCUAUCACCUUUGAAAACCGAUGGGGAGAAAUGGGCGGCGAAAGUAAAAGAGUCCUUGAAAGUUGGAAAACUCUAUUUGAAAGGCGAUUACAAGGUAACGAAACGUGCCAAAACAGAGUACAUGUAA